CUCGCAGCUCUCUGGAGAUAUAUCAAAGUUGGAGAUCAUCAUUCAUCUCGCAGCUCUCUGGAGUUAUAUCAAGUCGGAGGUCAUCAUUCAUCUCGCAGCUCUCUGGAGUUAUAUCAAGUCGGAGAUCAUCAUUCAUCUCGCAGCUCUCUGGAGUUAUAUCAAGUCGGAGAUCAUCAUUCAUCUCGCAGCUCUCUGGAGAUAUAUCAAGUCGGAGAUCAUCAUUCAUCUCGCAGCUCUCUGGAGAUAUAUCAAGUCGGAGAUCAUCAUUCAUCUCGCAGCUCUCUGGAGUUAUAUCAAGUCGGAGGUCAUCAUUCAUCUCGCAGCUCUCUGGAGUUAUAUCAAGUCGGAGAUCAUCAUUCAUCUCGCAGCUCUCUGGAGUUAUAUCAAGUCGGAGAUCAUCAUUCAUCUCGCAGCUCUCUGGAGAUAUAUCAAAGUUGGAGACCAGCAUUCAUCUCACAGCUCUCUGGAGUUAUAUCAAGAUCUGGCCGUCUGUGGAUCGCACACCGUCUGUCAGUCAGUUCACAGGCUUGUGCUCGAGCAGUGGAGGAUAUCACCUGCGCUGUUUGAUUGCCGUGUCUUUUCAAAGUUCCCUUUGAAGUUUGCAAAGAAAUAGUUUUGUUUGUGUGUAUUUUUGGAAAUUUUCUAAGCUCGGAGCUCUCCGUUGUGCCUGUUUCCCCCGGCCUCGCUUGCCCUCAGCAAUGUCUUCCAAAGAGAAAUCCUCGCCUUCCUUCCGCUCCCGGCCUCAGGGGGCGGACAAAUCGCCCACGGAAUGUCGCGAGGCCUCGGCCACCUCCUCGUGCUACCGACCGCGGCCACAGAUCACGGAGAAGCCGGCGGACGGCAGCAUGCACUUCACCAUCAUGAGGCACCCCAAGGAGGCGCUGGAGGUGAUGAACAUCCUGCGGCGGUCCAAGAAGCUGUGCGACGUGUCGCUGGUGGUGGGCGAGGAGAAGAUCCUGGCUCACAAGAUCGUGCUCGCGGCCGCCAGCCCUUACUUCAAAGCCAUGUUCACCAGCGGGAUGCGCGAGGAAGAGAUGACCACCAUCCCUCUCCACGGCAUCUCGCCCUGCACGCUGAGCCGCCUGGUGGAGUUUGCCUACACGGCCGAGGUGAACAUCAACGAGAACAACGUGUGCUACCUUCUGCCAGCCGCCACCAUGUUCCAGAUGAACCACGUGGUGGAGGCGUGCACCGUGUUCCUGGAGCACCAGCUCGACCCCAGCAACUGUAUCGGCAUCGCAGACUUCGCCAGCGAGCACGGCUGCCUGGAGCUGGAGAACAAAGCGCGCAAGUACAUCCGCAAACACUUCUGCGAGGUCAUCCAGUGCGACGAGUUUCUGGUGCUCUCCCCGUGCCAGAUGAUCAGUCUGGUGAAGCAGGACGAGCUGAACGUGCAGUGCGAGUCGGAGGUGUUUAAAGCCGUCAUACGCUGGGUGGAGCACGACCCAGAGAAGCGGUUAGAGAUCCUCGAGGGUCUGCUCUCCUCCGUGCGGCUCAACUUCCUGGCCCCGAAAUUCCUGGAGCAGCAGCUCAACAGCUGCCACAUACUCAAGAAGAUGCCGCAGUGCUUGCACACCAUCUCGGAGAAACUGAAAGGUCUGAAGCUCCACCAGAAGUGUUCUGACUUGCCCCGAAGGCCGUGCGCCCCGCUGGUGGUGUUCUGCGCCGGCGGCUACCUCCGACAGUCGCUGAGCAACUUCGAGUGCUACAACCCUGUGAACAAGCAGUGGCUGCGGCUGCCGGACCUACCCACACCUCGGAGCGGCCUCGGGGCGUGUCUGGUGCGCGGUGCUAUCUACGUGAUCGGCGGACGGAACAAUUCCCCGGACGGCAACAUGGACUCCAACAGUCUGGACAUGUACGACCCCAUGCGGAACGUGUGGAUUCCCAAACAGCCCAUGACGGUGGCGCGGAACAGGGUGGGUGUCGGAGUCAUCGACAACAUGAUCUACGCCGUCGGCGGCUCGCACGGGACGACGCACCACGCCUCGGCGGAGAGGUAUGACGCGGAGAACGACCGGUGGACAGAGAUCGCCAGCAUGUCGGCACGUCGGAUCGGCGUCGGCUGCGCGGUGCUGAACCGCCUCCUGUACGCCGUGGGUGGCUUUGACGGUCAGAACAGGCUGUGUAGCGUGGAGUGUUACGACCCGGAGCACGACCUCUGGACGGAGAUCAAACCCAUGAACACCAUGAGGAGUGGAGCAGGGGUCAUCUCGAUGGACAACUUCAUCUACGCAGUGGGUGGCUACGACAGCAGCUGCCAGCUCCGGUCGGUAGAGCGCUACAACAUCGACAAGAAGCAGUGGGAGUUUGUGUCGCAGAUGAACAGCCCACGCAGCGCGCUCAGUGUGGCCGUGCUGAAUAAACAGCUGUUUGCUCUAGGUGGCUAUGACGGCGACGACUUCCUGUCCUCGGUGGAGGUGUAUUGCUCCGAGACCAACAAGUGGUUUGAUGUGACCAACAUGACGUGCGGCCGCAGCGGGCACGGGGUGGCGGUCGGCGCCGAACCUCCCAUCAAGUAGACGCACGCUCUCUCACACACACUCGCUCACUCAUUCACUCACUCACUCAUCGAUGAGGAGAUGAGAAGAAGAGAACGCUUUCUGUGUGUACCUAAGACGGUCAUGGAGACACACACACACUCACUCACACACACACUCACACACUCAUCGACGAGGAGACGAAGACGCGAGGCAAGCUUUCUGUGUGUACCCAAGACGGUCAUCGAGACACUUACACACUCACUCACACACACACUCACUCACACACUCAUUCCCUCACUCACUCGCUCAUCGAUGAGGAGACGAAGACGCGAGGCAAGCUUUCUUUCUGUGUGUACCCAAGACGGUCAUCGAGACAAUCACACACUCACUCCCACACUCACUCACACACUCACACCCUCACUCACUCACUCAUCGAUGAGGAGACGACGCGAGGCAAGCUGUCUGUGUGUACCCAAGACGGUCAUGGAGACGCUCACUCUCUGACGGGGACACUUUCUGCGUGUACAUAGGACGUGAACCUGCAUGUACCUGCGUGUACGGUCAUUGAGGUGUCUGGGGAGCCG